AUGACAAUAAGAAAUAAAGCCUGUACAAUACUCGUAUUCUGCUGCAGUGUGGAGGAGGACCCAAUAGACCUGCUGCCGGAGGAGCAGCGUCUGGCCAUCACCAACACCACGCAGCAGUUGUCGUGGCUGGUCCUGGACGAGGUGUGUGCCAUAGGACUGCAGGAGCUGCCCCUGACGGAGGCGACGGUGACGCGCGUAGUGCAGCACGUACGACGCUCCCAGCACUGCCCCAACGCUGCCCUCUCCCUCAUACCGCUGGACUUUGUUACCGGCGGUACUACUGCCAGGGAUGUCUUCAUGCAGGAGUUUGACCAGCUGAGCGUGUACCAGGGCACGUACAGACUACACAAGCUCGGCCCCCACCACAUUCUGGUGCUGGGCAACCGCCACCGCACCCGCCACCUCGCCUCCGUUGUGCCGCCGCUCGCUCCCCUCACCACAUGCCCUCUCUCCUCCAAUAAGUUGUCCCCGCAUGGCCCCGCUGUGAUGCCGCACCCGAGCCCUGGCAACCUGCAAGACCUGCUCGCGUCCUGCCCCGACCCAGCCUUCCCCCUCGCCAAGUCCUUCACCACGAAGGCCAGAAGUCCUCCAGUCCUGCCAGGUCCUCACGAGGAGUCAUCGCCCACCAAACUCCAGCGCAGGGUCUCCUUCCACACCGCCGAGGCCGAGGAGAGCGUGGAGGACGUGGAGACAGGCAGCGCUGCUGUGGAGACAGGCAGCGCUGCUGUGGAGACAGGCAGCGCUGCUGUGGAGAAGCUCAAGUGGGCCAAGAGACGUGAGCGCAAGGAGAGGAGAGACUCGGAGCGCCGAGGCUCCAUCUCCACCUCAGACUCUGAAGACCAGAACGAUGGAUACCAUCGUUCUUCGUACUCCCGUGAGACUUCACAACUGCGGGAAAAAUCCCGCGAAAAAGAACGUAGCAAACACAGCAGAGAGCGCGCGUUUGCUGCUACGUCGUGCGUCAAGCCCAGCUGUGGCCCCACCGCGGUCGAGCCCAUGGCUGCAGCAACAACUGGCUUCGUAACGGCCACUAGUGUGGGAACUAGGGUAACUGACAUGGUCACUAACUCAGCGUUAGCCGAUGUCACUAGUUCUGCAGGUUAUUCAUCUAAUGUGCCUGUCACUACCACAUCGAUCGAUGUCACAGCGACUUCACUAGGGGCAAUGAGCAUCAGCCAUCCCGUCUCCAGCUGCGUGGAUGGUCUAAACAUGAACGCUAUGCUAGCACACCCCGGGGUAUUGCGUGGGCAUGAUGCCUCGUCAGGAAAAGAGUCUUCCGAGCUCGGAGACGUCGUGGACGGAGCGUCCAUGUCUCGCCCCUGGGAGAGACAGGAGCUCGAGCCCGGCAUGGUGAUCACGUGUGGGGGCGUACAGCAGCAGGAGUUGUUCUUCACCCUCGAGGGCGAGGGAAGCGCCCAACGCGACUCUAUCUCAUCGUCAAGUCUUCCACCCGCUGCCUUGGAUCGCGGCAAGAGGAAGGCGAAGUCACCCGUCAAAACUUCGCCAAAGAAGGAAGAUGGCAGCGGCAAAAUGCGGCAUCCUCCGUUGCGUAGAACAAAUGGCAGCGGCGCCACGGAGAUGGCAGCGGCAGGCAUGCCCGUGCCCAGAAGUGCCAGCUCAGACGAGUGUGCUGCGGGCGCCCGGGGCACCCAACCAGAUGAUACUCACUGCACGGUGUCACUGAGCCGGCGACGCCACUUCUCAGCCACGGCGCUAGACACGACAACGUCUACAACCGUGGCCGGGUGCACAUCGGCUUCAUCCGCCACUGUUUCUUCAGCCUCCACUGGGGCCACUUCAUCCAUAAGUGCAUCAGCGGCUGCAGCUGGCCUGGCAUCGGACGUAUCAUCGGUGCUGGAGUCCGGCCAGACCACCGACAUCGGCUGCGAGGGCGACAUCAGCGAGUCUGACGACUGCGCCGAUUGGCUCCAAGAAUUCGAAACCGCGCAGCCUUGCCUGCCAAAAUUCUGGCUCAUCCUGCAUGUGGGCGAGCGAAACGUCACUGUUUAUUUCCACUGCAGGUUGCCGUGCGACGCGUGCCAGUACAAGGCGGUGCUGGAAGAUACGUUGUCGUUGAUACGAGCUCUCGUACGGCACGUGAACCAGUCUCUGCUGCUGCACAGUCUUCACAAGACUCGCCUCUGUCACUCUCUCCUCACGCCGCCCUCCCCAGGGUCCUCCUGGGGCGACGCCUACAUCGUCAAUACCGAGGAUGACAUGCAUAAUGAGGCGACGGAUGACAGCUACCACGAGGCUAGUCUCCGCAACGAGCCCGGGACGUUCAGGUGUCCUGUGGUGUGGGACACACGCUUCCUUCUGCACCCCAGACUCAAGAGUGGGGUCACUAAAUAUCCUUCAAAACCGACCACUAGUGCUGAUCCCAACUCCCAUUUAGUGACAUCGAAUGUCAGCGCCUCCUCUGCCAUUAUUGUUAGUCCCGCUGGAGCUAUCAAUGGUAUCAGCGCGGUCCCCGCAAAUGCUCCUCUCAAUAACAACGCACAAAAUUCUACUAUGGUUUCUACUGUAAUUGCUAAUUCCACAGCGGCGGCUGAUCUGAUCGCAUCAGCCCCUCAAUCAUUUUCGAGUGCCGUUGGCAGUGUUACUAGCGUGGCCUGGUCUGACAUCGCCCGCUACGACCGUGAAGAAGUCUCUGGGGUCUCUCAGAGAAAGACGUUCAGAGAUGAUGACAAUCCUUCUAUGUUUACUUCAACCUCUGAGCAUAUUUCCACAACUUCAAAUUCGGUGGCAAGUGUAACCGAGGCUCCGGUUACCGUCCACCCAGCGGCCACGUUACCGUCAAGUGUCGUCGCUGCUUCGUCCGCCUUUCAUGGCGUUGACGGGAGACCGCGGAUCAGUUCCGUAGGAGAGCGUGACGUCAUCACGGAGGGAGUGACUGCUUCCCAUUCUUCUUCUAAAGGAUAUGAUUACAUCGAGCUUACUGUGCAUGGAAUCGCCCAGCCUGGCCCGAACAUCACAGAAGAGCUCGUAUCUAUGCUGCAGAAGCGUCUAGACGAGGCAGUUCUAGACGCUGUAUGCGUCUUGCUUUGGAACAACCCGCAGUACAAGCUCCCCCCUGAAGACGUUCAUUUCAUACAACCUCCAAAGCAGCCACCACAACUAACUCUAAA